AUGGCCGUCUUCAGCCUUGUUGACUCGGUUAGUGACCAAGGCCGCCCGCUUGCCAGCAUCGAUGUCUCGAUCAGGAUGGUUCAGCUCCACCGCUUUGCAACGAAAAUGAAGUCCUUCACACCCCUCAUCUUCGCCGCUACUGUCGCUGCCGAGUAUGGUUAUGGCCCUGCUCCAACCUCAUCAUCGACCAAGCUGGGGUACACCACCGUUUACCCGGGACACGGCAAGGAACCUGUCACUGUCACCGCUCAGUACCAGGCCGUACCAACCUACGUCAAGGGUAAAUGGGAGGAGUACGAGGCCAUGUCCUCGGUCAUCACUGCCUACGGAAAGAAGAUCACAGUCACCAAGGGCGACCAAGACCUGACCAUCUAUUCUACCAAGAAGACCCUCACCCACACUGUAACCAGCACUGUCUAUGGAGGCAACGCCCAGCCAACUGGAUACGGCAAGCCAUACGGCUACAGCAACUCCACCCACACCACCAAGGUAUGGAACGAGCUGUACGAGGAGAUCCAUGAGUGCUCAUUCGACCACGUCGGUCCCCACGCCAUUCCCGGAUACCCAGGAAACCCCAAGUGCGAGGACGACAAGGACGAGCAAGUGAUGACUAUCAAGAAGUACAAGGGCGGAAAGUGGCACAAGUAUGUGCAAACAUUCUACUAUGGUCCUCCCAAGACCUCAGUCACCACCUACGCCCAGCCAGGAAUCUACACCAUUCCUGCUGCCGACAUCACCUAUGCACACCCCACUGCCGUACCAGCACAGGGUACCUACCACGCCGAGGCCAACAAGCCUUGCACAUACGGCGGUGUCACCACCAAGGUCAACAAGCCCACCACCAUCACUGCUGCUUACCCCGCCUAUGAGACCCAUGGCGUCGUGACCAAGACCGUCAUCCAUAGCAAGAUCGUCACCUGUGACAAGCCCGGUGUCUACACCAUUGUCAAGCCCACCGUGACCGUCUACCCUCACGACACCACCAUCACCUACCCAACUGUCACAAAAUACCCUGCUGGUACCUGGCACCACCCUGCUGAGACGGUCACCAUCACCAAGACCAACCAGCCCUACACUUGCACUUAUGAGCCCGAGAAGCCCAAGCCUACCUUUGGCUACCCAACCUACCCAACCUACCCUGCCCACCCUGCCGUCACCUCUUCAAGCACUCAGCCCCCCAAGCCUGAUCCUUCAUCUGACUACUACGAGCCAACCGAGGAGUACGGCCAUGCUGAGCCCGGCUACAUCAAGCGUGGCGGUGUCCUCUCACGACGAGGCGCUGAGCCUGCGCUCCCCAAGAACGCGGCUGCCAAGCGUGUCAUUCUCGUGUGA